AUGACACAGUCCUGGGUUUUCCAAGGCCUCACCACCCUGAUGGGAGAGAAAGUCUCAAUGCCGCGGCUCCGCCGCGUCUCUCUCAGGCAGGCGCAGUUGUGGCUGCCGACCCUCUCCCAGUGGACCAACUCCCAGAUCUCGGACCACUACAGCACCUGCAUCAAGCUCUCCACCGAGAACAAAAUCACCACGAGGAAUGCCUUUGGCUUACACCUGAUAGACUACAUAACCGACAUCCUGAAACAGAAGGACUCUGAAGUGACCAACUUCAAGGUAGCAGCUGGCACGCUUGAUGCCAGCGCAAAGAUUUACUCCGUGCGCGUGGAUGCAGUCCACACGGAUACGUACAAAGUUCUCGGAGGUUUGGGCACGGACUUGGCACCCGCAAAACCCACAGACAGCUCAGAAGAAGAAGACAAUGCUGCUCCUGAGGCUGUCAAGAGAGUUCAGACAAAGAAGAAGCACUCAUUCAAAACCAUCGAGCAGAACUUGAAUAACAUCAAUGCAUCGGAGACUAAUCACAGAUGUGAGAUUGAUCCCAUGUUCCAGAAAACAGCUUCAUCUUUUGAUGAAUGCAGCACAGCUGGCAUUUUCCUCACUGGGCUGCGUACUCAAAGCUGCCAGAGCGAGCUCCUCUUUGACUUGAAGAUCGUGCCUCUCCCUUCCUCAGAGACAGUCGUGCUGCCAAACUCUGAUCCUGUGAAAGUGAUGGAUUUAAAGUCCCUGCUAGCUCAGUGCAUUGAAAAACGCCUCAUCUGCUCUUCGCUGGCUGAUUUCCAGUUUACAAAGUGGGAUGCCGAGUCUCACGAGGAGUCAGUGGCAGCCCUGUUGGAUAAAUUUAAGAAGAGCAACCAAGUGUUUGAUAUCAACGCGGAGAUAGACAGUGAUGUGGAAGACUGUGUUCCCGUUCUGCCGGAUGACGACUUCAAUUCUGACUCCCCCAGGAGUGCAGUGGCUGAGAAGAUUGGGGAAUUCUCAGAAAACCUCAACUCCAUCAAAACAGUCAGCCAGAGCAUGAUAACUGAUGCGGCUCCUUUUGGAAAGGGAGACAUUGGGACCAUGUGCCUUCAUCUCUCCAUGAAACCCGGGGAAUACUCCUACUUCAGUCCCCGAAUUCUCUCGAUGUGGGCUGGGCCGGAGCACUGGCGGUUCAAACCUCAACACAAAUCAGAUGGUAACUCUGAAAAAGAGACCAAGAAAAGGAAUGUAAAGAAAGCGUUUGAAAUAAACUUUGAUGAGGAUAUUGACUUUGACACGUAUUUCCGUAAGACCAAGGCAUCUAUAACUCUAGCCAAAUCCAUUCUGGAAAGCCAGAAUGUGAAGAGCACCACGCUUCCCACAGACUUCAACUAUGACCCUAAAAACAUUAUCCAGCUGUUCCUCAAACCAGCUGUUAAGGUAGGAGACUUUUGUUAA